ACACAUAUUGUUUCUCUGCCUUUCAAUAUAAUUCGAUACAAUCAAAAUCAGUUUCCCAUUUCCAAAUGUAACGAAUAUAUAGAAUUAAAAUAAUAGAAUUAACUAUAUGCCAAUGUGUGAAUGUGAUUGUGAAACAGAGAUCAGUUAGUGAUGAAAGUUAAUGCAUUCUAUCGUGUAUAAAGUGUCAAAUGCCAGCAGACAAUGAUGAUACGAAAUUGGAUUCUUUACAGUUUAUUUCUGCUGGGAUAUGUUCAAGAAUGUUGUCAACUGGUAAUAAAAAGCGUGAACAUACCGUCGAUAGUGAAAGCCGACAAUACCGAUUAUGUAAUUCUUGAUUGCGAUUACGAUCUCGAGAAUACAUCGAGCAACGGAUUAGUAGUGAAAUGGUUUUUCAAUACAAACGAAGUGGCCUAUCAAUGGAUAUACGGUAGAGGUCCUUUGGGAGAUAUCACGCGGAAGUACGUUGAUUUAAAGUAUAAAGCUAGUAACGAUCCAUGUACCACUUACCGAGCCAUGAAAUUGAAUAAACCUGGUAUCGAUCUUACCGGCGAAUAUAUAUAUGUCAUAUCUAUUUUCGCAGAUGAGCAAUCUGCAAGCGCCUCUAUGGUUGUGUAUUCAACGGAGGACAAAUUUGAUCUUGUAUAUAAGAAGAAAACUAUAGAUGAUAAAGAUGGAGUGGAGAUAACAUGUAUAGCAGAAGGACUAUAUCCCCAACCUAUUUUAGAUAUAUUUAUCGAAGGUGUUCUAGAAAAGCAAACAGCGAAGCCCACUGUUAUGCUGCGUGCCGAUGGACUAUACGAUAUCUUAUCACAAACGGCUUUAUUGGAUGAAGAUUUGCCGGAAACAGCUACUGUCAAAUGCUUACUUGGUAUACCAAAGGUGAACUACAACGUUUCUCACGAAAUUGUCUACUAUCCUGGAAAUUUUGCUGUUCGAUCGUCAAUUAACAUUCUAUUAAUCAUGAUGCAAAUGAUACUAAUCAACAUAUUCAAUUAAUCGUUUAAUUAUUAGGUCAUUGUCUAAACCAAAACAACCGACGAACAUAUGUAAAAUACAUAUGUAAAGAUCAACCAUUUUGAU